GAGAGGCUGUUUCAGGGCAAGAAGUGCCUCGAAGACUGGUACUUUAGCGAAAACUCGGGGUGUGAGCUGGCAGGCGACGUGUAUCUGCAAGCUGAGCAUGAAGAAGUGUUAGCUUUUGCAGAAGAAAUAGCAAGCAAGCGGCGAAGGACUUUGCCCGCGAACUAUCGUGAUGUUCCCAUGCAGCAACACAUGACUUGCCUGGUGCCUCCAGGCGCCAUGGCGCGUCUUGCAACUUACGAGAAGGUUCGAGCUGAGCGACAGAGCCUGACUGGCGAGUUCAUGUGCGAUCUGGAUCAUAACCUGGAUUGCGGACCAAGCUGUGGGCCAGAGAUGCCUCCGCUAGACACUCACCCGAAAAUCUACAGUUUCAAAGCUGGAAGGUUGCUGCUGGGCAAGGAGCUGCUAGCUGCCCAGGGUGUUGACAUGUAUCCAGGGCUGGCUGGGCAGCGGGGCAUUUCGCCCCUUGCGCAGAUCUUUGAAAACUUCCGUGAUCAGGAUCUCAGGUUCUUGGCAGGCAAUGCUAUCCACAUACCAGCUUUUGCUGCCUGGAUUUUGUUUUGCGCAGGCAAUGUGGUCUCCCGUGAAACCUAUUCCAAGUUGCCGAUGCCUAUGAAAGAGCCACCGCCUAUUGAGGACACAGCUGGCUCAGCUGAUGCUGAGUUUGAGAAUGACUUGAUGAAGAAAGUUCGAGCUGAUUUCGCUGCCACUGCGGCAGGCACUUUGCAGUCGCACGGCAAGAGGGCCAGGUUGCGAUUGUAG